AUGGCUGUCCGGACCCUUACACCACCUGCGGUUCCCCCAAUUGACUGCUGUGCGGCCAACAGUCUCAAGGGCGUGGUCGCUGCCGUCGAUGCGGACGACCUCUCAGACGACGACUACUUCUCUUCGACGUACCGCCCGCUCUCUAACCUGCCGACACCGCCGCCGUCCAGCCGCAAUUCGUCGGCUCUUCAGAGCCCCCAGCUCGAACAGGGAGAGGCCCUAGAGGAGUCCCUGCUAGGUCCGGCUAUCCACUUGGUCAACAUGCUGCCGCCGGCCGCCUCCCUGGCGACGCCGUCUGUGCCUCUGGUCCAGGCUAUGCUGACACGAGCAGCGCUGCCACUUGACACCAUCGCACUGGCCGUGUGCAUCCUCGACUCGCUCGACGCGCGCUUCUCCCGCACGUGGCGUCUGACCUGCCCUCUCAACCAGGAUGUGGACAAGGAGGCGGAUGGGGAGAAGGACGGCGAGCAGCAACAGCUGGAAAACGAGAAAGGGCCGAUGCGGAUGCCUCCACAGCCGCUAAAGCGACACACGCUGCCACCAGCCGCGGCGACGUUUGACAGUUUUGCCUUUUCGUCGCACUCGUCCUUUUCGUCUCGGUCGCCAUCGUCUUCGUACAGCCAGCGACACCCCCGCCACAUCGACUCGGUCUUCCCCGAAGUGAUCAUCCUAGCGGCGCUCGUAAUCGCGACCAAGUUUACCGACGACGGCCACGCGGGUCAACAGGCAGCGCAUUCGUACUGUGCCUGGGGUCAGCGCAACGAUGCUGGCGCUCACGCCGACGCCCCCCUCUGCCGCCGGCUUUCGCUCUGGUCGGCUAGCCAACUCUCGGCCACGGAGCGGUGCGUGAUGCAGAGUCUCGGCUAUCGUAUCCUGCCUCUGCUGGAUGCCGACCUGCUGGCAGAUGCGCGGGACGACAUGCGACAACACGACGUCAUCACAUGGCGUCUCGGUCCGAGUGUCUCGGGUUUUUUGGGCGCUGAGAGGAAGCCCACCGAAAAGAAUCAAAGAAACGAAGACGAAAAGGAGUACAGGUCAUCGGGCGGCGUUGGAUUUGCAUUUCUGCUGUUUUUCCUAAUACUUUAUGAAGAGGGUGCUGCGAGCACAUAG